GGCAUCAGUCAGUCUGAAAGAAGCGAGAGCCAAGCUGUCAGCUCGCUUUGUCAAAAGGGAAUCGUGAAGUUCAUGAAAUCGCAGUCUUCUGCAAAAGAGCACCUACUCGCAGGUUGAGUCUCCGGAGUUGCAACCUUUUGCACGCUUCCGUGGGAGUAAACUCCACUGAACUUCGUGUUCCCUGAACUUUCAAAAUGGCCUUGCGGAAUGUCAGUAAAGGUUUCCAGAGUUCCACUGGACAAGAUGUUAACCCUGAUCUUGGCGUUGAGAGGAAAACCGCCUCCUUCAGUGUAGAGAGGCUUACCAACAUACUGGAUGGAGGUGCUGAAAACACCCAGAUCCGGCGGAAAGUCGAUGCAGUUCUCCAGAGCGACCCAGAAUUUAGCAGAGAAAACAAGUACUUCCUGAGCCAAAAUGAGAGAUAUGAAGGUGCCGUCAGAAGAUCACUUUACCUCUCCAAAAAGACAGAAGAAAUGGGAUGGGCCGUCGAUGGACCUGAACAGAAAUAUUGCUACAGGGCACUUGGUGAUGAUUUGGCCUUCAGUGUGCACAACGUCUUUAUGAAGAGUAUUCUGGGGCUGGGCACGGACGAGCAGAUCGCCAAGUGGAUCACCUUGGCAGAAAAGCAUUACAUUGCAGGGACGUAUGCUCAGACUGAACUCGGACAUGGAACCAACCUUCGGGGUCUGGAGACCAUGGCCACUUUUGAUGUUACCACUCAGGAGUUCAUCCUCAACACACCAAAGAUCUCUGCCAUGAAGUGGUGGCCGGGAGACUCGGGGAAGAUCCCCACCACCAUUCUUGUGGGAGCCUUUUUGUUACUUUAUAAAUGAAAAUGUUACGGGAUACAUCCCUUCAUAGUGCAAAUCCGCAGCCUCCGUGAUCAUUCACCAGCACCAGGAGUAACCGUGGGGGACAUCGGCCCCAAAAUGGACUUUGCGCAGACGGACAAUGGCUAUCUCAUGCUGAAGAAUGUUCGUGUGCCAAAGGAAAACAUGCUGGCCCGGUUCUCUCAGGUUCUGUCAGACGGCCAGUAUGUCAAACGAGGAACUGACAAGAUUAACUACCUGACUAUGAUUGUGGUCCGUGUGGCCAUUAUUCGGACUGAAGUCUUAACCACUCUGAUGAAAGCUUGCACUAUCGCUAUCCGAUAUUCUGUGGUGCGCCGACAGUCUGAAUUAAAGCCAGGGGACCCAGAGCCAAAGAUUCUUGACUAUCAGACUCAGCAACAGAAACUGCUACCUCAGCUGGCCACGGCCUACGCCUUCCACUUCGGCUGUGACUACUUACAGGAAAUCUUUGACCGAGGCUACGCAGAAACCAAGCAAGGGAAAUUCGACUUACUCCCAGAGCUUCAUGCACUUGCUUCUGGAAUUAAAGUGAUCGCCACAGAGUACAGCUCAGCAGGUGUGGAGAUAUGUCGGAGGGCCUGUGGAGGACACGGGUACUCUCUCCUCAGUGGCCUGCCUUCCUUGUACACUAAAUUGGUUGCAUCUUGCACUUAUGAAGGGGAAAACACUGUUCUCCUCCUGCAGACAGCCAGGUUUCUCAUAAAAUGCUUUGGGAUGGCGAAGGCUGGACAACCCCUUUCUUCAUCAGUUGCUUACUUAUCUUCCACGAGCUCUGGGAAAUGCAGGGCCCAGGAGAAAAGAGAUUUCCUAAAUCCAGAUAUUUACACUGAAGCGUAUAAGCAGAGAGCCUUCAGGAUGGUAGAAAACGCAGCAAUCAAGCUUCAGACGCUGAUUCAGUCGGGAACAGCACAGUAUGAAGCCUGGAACUUGUGCUCCGUACAACUGGCACGGGCUGCUGCAGCUCACAGCCAUUACAUCAUAGUGCAAAACUUUGUCAAAGCACUAGAGAAAUUUGAAAAAGAGUUUCACAUCCAGAGGAUCCUGAAGCAUCUCUGUGACCUCUUUGCAUUACAUGGGAUCUUCUCCAAUAUGGGUGACUUCCUGCAAGACGGUCACCUAUCUGGGAAGCAAAGCGACAUGGUGACUGAAUCUUACCUGGAUCUCUUGGCUGUCAUUCGGCAGGAUGCUGUUCCAUUAGUAGAUGCUUUCGACUUCUCUGAUGCAAAUUUAAAUUCGGCCAUUGGAUGUUAUGACGGUCAUGCCUAUGAGCGGCUUUUUGAGUGGGCUAAGAAGUCUCCAACCAACAACCAGGGCAACCAGACCUUCGAGAAGUACUUGAAGCCGCUUUUCCAGAACGCCCUGUCAAAGUUAUAGAAGAUGGGAAUAUAGCCGAGGGGAGCUCCGCUUGCUGUUGCCCUCCAAAUAACACCAACACUUACCAGUACUGCUACAAAGAUGACCUUAGCAGCUGCUGUCUUCUGCUUGCGUGUCAGAAUGACGUGACAGGCAGGAGCUGAAUGGCAGUCAAUCAGCUUACCCAAGAGAUAGAAAGGACAGUCUUCUUUAUGUUUAUCAAGUAGACCAAAUUUUAUCUCCGCCUUCACUGAAGAAAUUGGUAGUAGUACAUAGGCGGCAGCUUGCAGUUGUUGCUCAAGAGUCCCUUAGACUGGUCUUUUUAGGACUGAGGAAAUGGUUUUAUAUAAAUACACGUGAAGCUGCCUUAUACUGAGUCAGACCACUGAUCUGUGAAGAUCAGAACUUGGACUGCCAGCUGCUCUCCAGUAUCUCAAAUUGCACCAGUUUAAGGAUUUCUUACACUUACAUAAUAAAACAUUUUGUAUUGGGCCAUAUAAAUCUAUCACCUACCCAAGUGCCUAAAAAAGUACGAUUCUUAAAAAGCAGCAAAAGGUGGCCUUUUAAAAAAAGUCAAACCUUUGCAAAUUGUACAUUGCAGCCUAGACUAGGUUAGCUGAAAUCAACCGGUUCGCGCAGCUACAUUCUGAAAAAUCACUCAGGGUGUUCUAAUAGAAUUGCUGCUGAUCGUGAAAUCUGCACACGCAGACCAACAGACACAGCAAAGAACUGAAAGUAACCUCAUGAUCAUCUAAGCCGACCUCUGCCAUUCUGCACAUUAAUGGCCAUGUAGGUUAAUCUGGCUUUGUAACGGUUUAGCAAAUAAACUGUUAUCCAGCUGGCUCAGGAAGGGGGAGAGAAAUACAGUUCAGUGGUACAGUGCAGUAUGAGAAGCCCCAGGUCUAAUUCCCAGCAUCCCUCUCUCAGGCUAACUGCAGAAGGUAUCCUGAGCAAUGCAGAGGAAGAGUGGGCUAAAUAAAACUCUCAGAUGAACAAACCUGAAAAGUCCUUGCUUUAAAUCUCAAAGGGCUGCUUCUAACAAAGGCGGAGAGGGCAGCUGGCUGAGACAGACUUCGCUGUAGCUUGGCCAAGACAACCAAGUAACUUUCAUAGGUGAGGUGAAUCAAACUGUUCACACUCUUAGCUGCUCCAGUUCACAGCUAUGAGCUUUAAGGAAUAAAAUCUAGCCAUGUACAAGCAAAGCUGCUGAUAUUGCAUGAUUUCUCUUUGCCUAGAUUUUAAUAGGUGGCUGGUUUAAAUACUCAAGGCACAAUGUAUUACUUAGGAAAAUAUUUUUAAAGCAGGCUGCUAUUCAUAUAUUGUAACAAUUGCUAAUAAAGAUAUUC